AUGUAUUGCUAACAUUAAAUAAAUAAUUAUUAGAUUACUAAUAAAUAUUAAUAAUCUACUAUUAAUACUUUAAAUUAUUUUGGAUUAUUUAAUCCUGAUAAUUCACCAGAAAUAUUAUAAUUCAAUUAAAUAUUAGAAUUUAUAGUUUAUUCGAAAUUGAUAAAACACAUUUCAUAAAUUGAACUAAAAUUUUUAUCGUCAAUUUUCAUUCAGCUAAAUUAAAACUUUGAUUAUCAUUACAUUGACUCAAUCUAAGCUAACUCAAAUAUUAAUAAUAAUUCAUGA